CAAAAAACCUAUUAGCACUAAGCAGAGAAAUUCAAAAAAUAAUAUGAGCGUUACAUAUAUCCUAGGGGGCUAGUGCUGUGGACUGUGGUCAUCGUAAAUCACAAACCCAGCGCCUGUUGGUUUUCUUGAACCCAAAUGGCCAAAAAUUCGAAAGCUGUCGAUCAAGGUCCAGAUGAAGAACAUGCAGCAGAGCCUCAAGAAGAUGAAUCACUUGAUGAGACAGAGGAUGAACAAGAGUCUGGUGAUGAUGACUCCCAAAAGUCCCUCCCUGCUUUGACUCUUGUUCCCAAACCCCCUGAGCCCAAAGCGCCUACUAGCUCCAAACCUAGCCAUACAAAGCACACUGUUUCCAAGAUUCAUAAGAAGCGGUCCGCGGAGAGGGCUGAUAAGGUUUCAAAGAAGAGGAAAGUGGACAAGGGUUUGAGAAACAAGGAUAGGAGUAUUAAGAAGAAGGAUAAGAAAAGGGUGAGUGAGGCUAAUGGGAAUGCAAGUGUGGUAUUGGAUUUUUGGGGGUUGUUUCCGCGCUUAUGUGCCUCACUCGAAACAGAGGCAGUGGGGGAUUUGAAAGAGAUUUUGGUAAGAAAUGUCAAGGAAAAUGUGGAGGGGAUGAUUCGGAGGAUGGGUGAGGCCAAGGCAAGGGAACUCGAGGAGGGGUGGAAAGCUGUGCAUGAAAAGGAAGGGAAGUUGUAUGUUGAGAGGACACGUUUGAUCCAAAUGCAAGCUGAAGAUGCCGCGGAGUCGCUCAGUAGGACUCUUCGUCGAGGAGGCUGGGUGCAUGAAUAAGACACCCAACUUAAUUUUCUGUCCCUGAUGAUCUCUUUAAAUUAAUGACCUCUCUGCUGGUGCCGCCGAGCUGCUAUUCAGAUUGCUAUUUGCUCACAGAUUGAUGCUGCAAAGCCCGUUGAAGAAG